UAUAUCUUUUGAUCUUCUUCAAUCAUUUCCUCACCAAAAUCUCACAUCGGAAAUGGAGGGUUUAAUACGCGGACUCGCUGAUGCAGUGCUGAAUCCUAAUCGUGGUCGUGAUGAUGAUGAUGACAGUCGCGAUGAGCGAUCCAGAUCCACUUGGGCUGAGGUGGUGGGCGGGGAUCAGGAAGAAGAAGAUCAGACUAAUCGUAGACCUGCUUCGCACAACGCACCGCGGAAGGAGAUUAAUGAGCAGCGGCAAUCAGGAAGAAAGGAGACGUAUGAACAAAAUGAGUGGGGAUCAAGAGGAUCGCGCCCUGCAGCUACAACCCAAGAGUAUGGAGAGACAAAUGAUGAUGGUUGGGAGACUGUGGGCCGGAAGCUGCCUUCAAAGAAGAAUCACAAGGUUCCUAAAAACCAGUGGAAUAAUUACAAGCGCCCCCUCGAAGAGCAAGAAUAUUCAGGUGAAGUGGAUUAUGGCACUGGCAUAGAACCCUCAGAAGAAGAACUUGCUGAUAUAGGAAAGGCUCUUAACAAGCUGUGGGAUCUGGAUUCAAAUCGCUUAGUUCCUGGGAAGGAUUAUGAGAUUGAUUGUGGCGAAGGAAAAAAGGUUUAUCAGAAGGAAGACAUGGCAGAUGCAAGCUUAUUUACCUGGCUGAGCGAAGAUAUCUUCAGGAGGCCUACGUAUUCACGUUUCUGUGCUCUUCUUGAUAAUUAUAAUCCAGAGCAGGGGUGCAAAGAAGUUGUGACUUCUGAAGAGAAGCAAGAGCAAAAGGCAUUCAUAGAAGAGAUAAGCCGAACUGCUGUAAUUAAAUACCUUCACAAGUAUCUGUCAGCAAAGGGCGUUAUAUCCGAGAACUAUGAGGAUUUUAAGAGAAUGCUUGCAAGUUUUUGGUUUGAUCUUUAUGGCCGAGGAGGUACAUCUGGUAGUUCAUCGGCUUUUGAGCAUGUUUUUGUUGGAGAAAUCAAACAACGAGGAGAGCAAGAAGUCUCAGGAUUUCAUAACUGGAUUCAGUUCUACUUAGAAGAGGCUAAGGGGAGAGUUAACUAUCAGGGCUAUAUUUUUCCUCGAAGGCGUGGGAACACACCGGACUCUGAAUCGCAUCUGCUGACCAUUCAGUUCGAAUGGAAUGGUGUUCUGAAGUCAGUGUCGAGCACAUUGGUGGGAGUGAGCCCUGAAUUUGAGUUUGCAAUCUAUACUCUGUGCUUCUAUCUGGGACAGGAAGAAAACCAUGUUGAACUUGGUCCAUACCCUGUGAAUAUCAAGUGCUAUCGUCUCGGCAACAGAAUUGGCUCUGCUUUUCCUGUCGCAGAUUCUUAAAUACAUAUCCCUACCUGGGGCUGCUUACCGUUACCAUUUAAUGUUAUGUACUAUACAUUAGAUCUUAUAUUAGUGUGUCGGAAUAAGUGAGGAUCUAAUGAUGUAUUGUUAGACUAUUUUGUUCAAACCAAACAGCAUGCUAUUGGAAUAUGUAUUCAGCCAACAAACUUGCAGUGCA